GUCUAUUUUAAGGCGUUAGGUCUCUCCAGUCCAGUCGGCAGCAAUCUGGGGACCAGGGAGGAGAUGCCUGUUUUCCUGCUGUGGACAGCGCUGCUACUCCUCUAUCCAGGUGGCAUGUCAGUAGACAUCCGGAAACCUACAGUGUCCUUGAAUCCACCAUGGACUACCAUAAUGGAAGAGGACAAUGUGACUCUUACAUGUAAAGAGAACAGUUCCCUUGAACUCGACUCUACUGUGUGGUUCCACAACAAGACCAGGUUGGGAGUGACAACCUCAAGUCUGAACAUUGUGAAAGCCCAACCUCUGCAAAGCGGGGUAUACAGGUGUCAGAACAAAGGAUCCAUCCUGAGUAAACGUGUGUACUUAAAAGUCGUCCGUGAGUGGCUGCUCCUCCAGGUCUCUCCUGAGGUGGUGAUGGAGGGUGAGUCCUUCCUCAUCAAGUGCCAUGGUUGGAAGAAUCGGGAUGUCAAAAAGGUGACCUACUACAGGAAUGGCCAAGCCCUCAAGUACUGGUAUGAAAACAUCAACAUCUCCAUUAGCAAUGCCACAAUAGGAGACAGCGGUACCUAUUACUGCACGGGCUUCAUUUGGAAAAUAAAUCACACCUCUAACAUCGUCAACAUUGCUGUGACAAAAGAUUUCCCUACAGAACUCCAAAACGAAUACUACUGGUUACAAAUUCUGAUUCCAUUGAUGGUGGUGAUUCUGUUUGCUGUGGACACAGGGCUGUUUAUCUCCACCCAGCAGCAGUUGAAACUGCUCUUAAAGAUGAAGAGGACCAGGAAGGGCAAGAACCUUAUGGAUCCAGGUCCCAAGCCAGACCCCAAAUGAACUGACAUUACUACUCAAGAUACAUUUGCAAUAGCAACUUCUUUCCGGCAUCAAUCAUCGCUUCUCCACAGUCAACCAUAGCUCACAGUGCACACGGGAGUGUCCGUAUGCAGAGGUUUACAGAACUGCUUCAUUACACCCACUGAAACUGGUUAAGUGGCAUGUAAUAGCAACUGCUCAAUAAACAUCAGUUAAAUAAAUUAAAAA